AUGUCUACAGAAAAAGAAAUCAUCGAGCAAAGAAUAUUCAUAGGAAACGUGGACUAUAGGGCCACCGAGGAUGAGUUAAAAGAUUUCUUCGAAGGCUACAAUGUAACCGAUGUUGAUAUUCCGAGUAAAAGCGUUCACCGUGGGAAGAAAGUCCAAAAGAGGCAUUUGGGCUUUGCCUUCGUCGAAUUCGAAUCUAAAGAUGAGGCUGACAGAGCGAUUGAGGAGUUCAACAAUAAAGCCUUCAAAGACAGAAACAUUUACGUGAAAAGAGCCGUUCCUCCUCCAACUGAUGAAGAGAAGCAGAAAAGGGCAGAAGAGUUUAGAGCCAAGAAGGCUGAACAAAAAGCUUCGAAACCUGUUGAAGUAGAUGAAAAGGAAAAUGGCAAAUUUUCUGAAUCUAAACAGAAAACUUCAAAGGCAAAAAAGAAAGUUAAGAAUGAACUUUCAGAUAAGAGUGGAAGAGCUGAUAACCCUGAAGUCUUGGAACAUUCGAGAUCCAAAGUUCAAAGUGAUGAUGUUUCAACUAAGAUACCCGAAGGUAAAAAGUCUGAGGAUACUAUCUUCAUCACUAACUUAGAUUAUAAGGUUGAUGUUAAAACUUUGAGUAACCUUUUUAAAGACUUGAAGCCUAAGUGGAUUCAUGUACCGACAAGAAGAGUUCCUUAUCACGUUCUUAAUAGACAGAGAAAGAAGGGCAGAUCAAUUUUCAACAAAGGGAUUGCAUUUGUGAAAUUCUCUUCUCCGGACAUUCAAAAACAAGCGUUUGAAGAGUUCAAUGGCAGGGAGUUGAAUGGCAGAAAUAUCAUUGUUGACAUUGCAGUCGACGCUAGGAUUCCCAAAGAGGAUGACGCAAAGGAAAAUGAAUCCACUGACCAAUCUGAUUUGACUGAGUCAGAUGGGGUAAAAGAGGAUGGCAAAAACUAA